ACUUCAAAGUUUGUUGUUCCCUAUUAUCGCUGUCCAUGUCUACUGCAUCGAAGAGUUCAAAUCAGGAUUAUUGUUAGUCCCAGCCCUUUUCAUGUGUAAUAUUUUGAUACUUUGAUUUGUCGGCCUAUGAUUUAUUUAUGUUUACACUUAUUCUUACUAAGUUUUGGGAUAUCCUCCCGUCAAAAACUUUACUGUUUGGUUGCUUUAUCGGUAUUUGCUCCCCUAAAGUAGACCAAAAAGCCCCAUGGCGCUCAUCGAUAAAAUUCAACCGAGUCAUGCUGUUCCACCUACUAGACGCUCAGAAAAGCUAAAAAGAGUUGGGUCUCUUGUGGAAUUAUUUGAUUUCUUCGUGCUGAAUGAAGGGACGGUUAUUGAUACUGUAUCCGUUAACACCUUCUUAUAUACCUAUCGCAUAUUUGCUGAUAUGGAGUUGGUCUUGGAAGUUGUAAAUAAAAAGCAAGUAUGACUUUGUAUAAACUGUAUAAUAAUCCGUACAGAUUUUGGGAUACAUGCCAUUCAAGCCUAAUACCUACCUCUUGGAAAGUUGGGAUUAUUUCGUCUUUUCAGUAUUUUCUUGGUGCAUGGUUGCAGCAGCCUCAUGUAAAAGAUUUUGAUUCCCCACAGAAAAUUAUCCAUCUUAAAUGGCUAAUACGGAUUCUUGCCGGUUGGUUUGAUGUUUUUCAACCCUCUUAUAAUCACGACAGUCACAAUUAUGUUCUUAAAGAGUUGAUGAGGUGCUGUGGAAAUAACGUGUCUUCUAAAAAUCAAGAUACGACGCGAAGCAUUUUGUGCAACAUUGAUUCAGAAGUUUGGGAUCGAAUUACUGCAGAUAUGGAGUAUUUAUGCCGACAAGCUGUAAAUUGUCUCAAAAUCAUAGCCUGUAAAUAUCAAAUAGACUUAACUCGGGAAAAACAAUUACCGUCAGUGCGUAUAAUCACCAUAAAUCGAGUCAAUUGUCAUCAUUCACUACACAACUCUGCAAUGCAUAAAUCAGAAAAGCAUUUAAAAGAAAUAAUUACCAUUACACCUUCUAUUAACCCCUUAAUUAAUCUAUGGAAUUUGAAUUUAGACACAGUUGCUGAACAACUGACUGUUGCUGAUCAGAGAUUAUUUCUCGACAUGGAGUUAAAUGAUUGCCUGAUAUAUGCUAGAGGCAAACCUGCUCCAUCCGUGCAAGCUACAAUCGACCAAUAUAAUAAAUUAUAUCAUCUUGUCCAAAGUUCAGUGUUUAACUCAGAUCAGGAUUUUCCAAUACUAGUAGAACCUACACCGAUCUAUUCAAGACGUUUUAAUAAACGGGGUAAUUAUAAUAGUCCAACGACAAGAGUUAGUCCACAGAUAAUAACGAUAUGGUCUAAAAAUUCACCUAAUCAUAAUUCUUUGGCAUCGGAUGUGGGAAAAUUAAAAACUGGAUGCAUAAUUACAUGGAUUGAUAUUGCUUAUCGAUUAGGACAAACAAGGAAUUAUUCAGCAUUAAAAGCCAUAAUUAUGGCUUUGCAGUCCACUCCAGUACUCCGAUUAUGGCAUAGUUGGAAUGUUUUGGAAUAUCAUUAUCAUGAACAUUUUAUGAAGUUUAAAUAUUUGGCUUCUGUAGUAAGCUUUGAUAAUAAUCAAGAACAAUUGAGAAAACGGUUAGAUAAGUGUGCGAACAAAAUGUAUUGGUACUUAAAACUCAACAAUCCAAAUCCAUUAUGUGGAGACAUAAGCAGACCUGGUGAUAUCUCACAAUUUGAAGAUUCUGAUGCAGAAUAUAGCAGGAGGACUAAGCAUUCAACUUUACCAAAUCAGUCAUCGUAUUUAAGUGGUGUCAUACCGUAUCUCGGUGUAUUUCUUAGUGAUUUAACUUUAUUGCAUCAUUCGUCACCGGAUUAUAUCAGUCGAUCAAAAUAUUCCCCAUCAAAUGAGACUAAACAAGAAAUUAAUACAAAUAAUCAGGAAAGUGCCCUCGCUUCUACUACUACUACUGAUGAUAAUAAUAGCAAUAAUAAUAUUAAUUCAUCAGUAAUCAAUCCAAUAAAUAAUACUAAUGAUUUUUCAAAACAAUCAGUUAAAAAUCAGUAUGGUAAAAUAAAGCUGUUGCAUAUAUCAGAUCAACUUGGGAAUUUCACGCGAAGUACACCUGAUUUAUCAGCAGUAAUAGCAUCGUCAUCAACCGUACAAUCAGAUAAUAACAGUACGAAACAAUCCUGGAAAUUAUUAAAAAAUGUAUCAUCAAAUACAAAUGUCCCACCUAUUAAACCUUCAGUUUCUGCUGAUCGUAAUGAUAAUAUCCAAUUAAAUGGGCGUGUCAAGAAGGAAAAGUUUGGCCUUUCUAGACGUCAUUCUACAACUGAUAGUGCUGAUGACAAAUUAAUCAAUCUGGAUAAACAUCGUCGAGAGUUUAGAAUUCUAGCAAAUAUUUUUCUUCUUCAACAAAAUGCCCAAUUUUAUUCACUUAGACCUGAACCAGAUUUUAUUACAUGGUUUCAUUCUUAUCCAUUAAUCUCAGAAAAUGAAGCUCUCAAUCGUUCUUGUGAUCUAGAACCAGUUGAUGAACAAAUACAACAGCAUAUAAAUAGACCUUUCAGCGCAUCUCCAUAUACAUUUGAUACAAGUGAUUCAAGUGGUGCACUCGAUAUAAUAAAUAGUAAUAAAUCACGACACCCACGUAAUAAUACAAAUAUCCAUGUAGAAAGAUCUAAAUAUGCUAUAACCCGUCCACCUAGUGCUACAGCUAUUGGUGCCACUACUACUACAUCACUCAUGAGGAAUCCUAACACUAACAUUAGUAUUAUUAAUAGUAUUAGUCCAGGUCGAAAUAAUAAAUCACGAAUUAAUGGAACAUAUUCAUCAAGUGAUUUACUUAAUGAUAUCAAAUACAACAGGUCAACAACUACUGACGAACUAAUCACAGGAAAUAGUUUGGAAAUUUUAUAUCAGCAAAAUAACCACAAACAUAAUAUGAAAACAUCAACUUCUAGAUGGAACACACACAAAAGUUCAUCGACUACAUUCGAUGCACGUAAUGAUAGCAAUAGUAACAACAGUAAUUUAUGCAUUACUGUUUCUUUGCAUCAUACAAAUAGUCAGCAAGAUGGCCGUGUAUCACCAUUUAUUGCUAAAGUUGCUCAAUUAGGUAGCCUGUCUCAUGGAUCGCAUGGCCAUAACGAUAUUCGUUUUUCUAAUUCGAAACAAACGCAACCCACAAUUCAAUUGUCGGUUUCUCCUGUGGAUAGUGUUUCUGACGUACUAUCGAAAGCCCUUAAAUUAUUUGGUUGUGCCGAUCAAAAGGUUGAUAAUUAUGAUCUAAUUCAUGUCCGUAAAGAUGCUCGAGAUGUAACUCUACCAAAAAAUUUCAACUUUUAUGAAUCGAUAAAUUAUUCUUCCUUUCAUUUAUCAAAUAAUAAACAUUAUGAAUUAUUAGAAUUUAUUUGUACACCAACUAUUCAUAAUGAGAAUAAUAAUGACAACAAUAGUAGUAACUAUAGUAAUAGUUUAAACAGUUCACCAUCAUCAUCGUCAGCAGCAUAUAUAAAAACUAACAAUAACACAAAUUAUCAUGGUAAAAAUCACAAUCCACAGCCUAACAGGACUACAAUUGAAUAUGCUAAACACUAUAAAUUAACAAGUAAAAGCUCUAAUAAACAUUGUACUGUUGAAUUAUGGUCAUGAACAUUUAUUAACAAUUGUUUAUUUCUAAAAAAAAGUUGAUUGUUUUUCAUCAGUUUAUUGUUAUUUUUCAUUAUCGAAUGUGCUCAAAUGCAUAUUGCCAUUGUGAAUAAUUUUGCCACAUGUUUUUUGUCACUGCUCCAUUUGUUUUUGCCAUUAAUUGAUCCUAUCAAUCAGUAACUAAAUAAAUUCUCCUCUGCCCGAAGAAAAAUUUGUUCAAUAUUUCUCCAUUUGUCUUUCAUGAUCGCGCAUUUUUAAAAUAAUUGUUCUGUUUUUUUUCUAUUCUCAUCACCUUUCCUAACCCCGUUCCUCUUUACACUCACUUUGAAUUUUCUGCCAAAUGUGUAGUUCAUUGUUCUGGUUAAAUCCCUUAUGGAGUUGUAAGCUACGUCGAAACACAUAUCUAGCAGUGCAUCUUUUAUGUUAAUGUGAUUAUUAAAUGUCGUGAUUCCACAUUUCCUUUGUUUAUUCAUUAUAACCUAUAUGUUUACCAUUAAGGAGAUAAUAACAUAUCCUACUUAUUUGUUCACUGUUCAAUAGUAAAGAAUCGCUGUUUGUUUUACUUUCAUUUAUUUUUAUUGAUAUUGGAUUAAGAACAUAAUCAAUUGUAUAUUUAUAAACUAUUGUGUAUUUUGAAUACCAUAUUGUCAAACUACAUAAAUAUAUUUCCUGUACAACUUUUAUGAGAAAAAAUUCUUAGUUUAGAAAUUUCGAUGAACUUUUUCUUAUUAAUUGACAUUUCAAGUUAGAUAGGAGAUAGUCUAGAGUUUAAUCAAAACAAGCCAUAUUCUUACUGAUAUACUAAGUCUUUGGUACAAUUAUUUUAAAUACGAUCUCAUUCAAAUCUGAAGCUUAGCACACUAUAGAUAACUUUAUUAUUACAUUGACGGGGAUGAUUAUUAAGUUAAUUAUGAAAACAUUGAAGGUGUAAAAAGAACCGCAAAUUUAUCAAAUACCAAAAGUGUUAAUUAUACUAAUGUUGGCAGCUUAUUUCACAACAAUAUCCCUGAACAGUGAUAAAGUUUUCAACUGAUUUAUGAUUCUAUAAGUUGACUACUGUGGGGCAGCGUACUAGGUACAUGGUCCUUUCCUGAAAUUAUUAGCUGUCAUAAACAUACCAGGUCCGUAGCAAAUUGAUGAAAAUGAGACUCAGCACUAUGUAUACAAAUAGAUCCCUUUAAGAAAUGUUUUAUAUCUCAAAUAGUUAGUCACUGUGAAUAAAUGUUUGUUAUUAGCCAAAUAGUCGAACUGAAAUAUUGACCAUUAUUUUACAUUAAUAAACACGAUACAGCCAUUAGUAAAGAAAUAUGUACGAUUUUUAUAUUUAUAUGAAUCAAAUCAAUUUUUCAGUUAUGAUUUUUGUGAUCGUGUUAACAUUUUUUCGACACCUGAGGACUCUGAAAUAGCAAUAAAUGCAUAUGUAUUUGACUUACACUAUUUACCUUAUAAUGUAUCACACAUAAAGCAUAAAACUGUACACUACUGGCGCAUCACAUCCCGAUAAUAGAUCUCUGUAUUACAAACGUUUGAGUGAAACUCCAUUUCUAAAAAUGCAGUAAACACCAUAAACUUCAGGAGUAUUGGUUAUUACUAAUUUAAUUACUUACCUUCAUUCUAACCUGGAAUCCGUGUCUUAAACGGCUACUGACCUAGACAUGAACCUUCAACAAUAAUCACCCAAUACACUGAAAUUACUGACUCCCCCCCCUGGGAAUCCAAUGCAAAGGAGGAUGCACAGUUUUAAAAAGAACGAAGAAAAUGACCGUUAAAGAGAAUUUAGUAAAAAUAAUCGGACAGUAACGUAAAGCACGGUAAGCGUCUACGUACUAUUGAGAAUAAAGUACUAACUCAUUAAAAAAAGCUAUGUAGUCUAUCUGUUAAAUGAGAGGUAUCAUUAAACAGAAGUAUACUGAUUUUUACAAUUAGAGGUAACCGAUAGGCACUCAGUAGCACGGAGUUUAUGCAACUUCGAGAAACUGAGACUCAGAGGGAAUCAAGUCUUCAUUACCUAGAGUUACAAUCACACAGUUGUUUGUUAUUUGUUGAUAAAAUGCCUAUUGUCUUAUUUUAUUCAUGGAAUACUAGUGCUACUGCCAAUUUUGUAAACUUGUGUGUUUCGCCAAUAAGAUAAUCAAUUCCACAGCAGUUAAUUUUCUGGCUGCUGUGCUGGUCACCUUGAAUCCACGAAUUUUUUCCAGGUUCUAUGUACACUGCUUCUUUACGAGUAUGUAUUAUCC